UCUAUUCACUACAACAUGCACACAGUGAAGCAUAACUACACCACCAGGCCAGAGCCAUUGCAGUGCACAGGGAGCAUUGACGCUUUAGAACUUAGCAUCUCAUGUGCAAUGGUCUUUGCCAUUGAGGAGAUUAACAACAGUACAAAGCUGCUACCAGGCAUCAGGCUCGGUUAUCAGAUCCAUGACUCAUGCGCCUCAGUGACUGUGGCAGUCAGUGUGGCUUCUCAGCUUUCUAAUGGGUUGGACCUUGUGUUUGAUACCGGCAACAAUUGUACUAAAUCUAGUACAGUGAUGGCUGUUGUUGGUGAGUCUGCAUCCUCACCAUCCAUUAGUCUUUCACGCGUCGUUGGGUCUUUUAAUAUUCCUCAAGUGAGCCAUUCUUCCACUUGUGCAUGCCUAUCUGAUAAGCGUCAGUACCCGAGUUUCUUCAGAACAAUCCCCAGUGAUCAGUUCCAGGCUGUUGCACUGGCCAAGCUGGUGAAACACUUUGGAUGGACUUGGAUAGGUGCUGUCCGGUCAGAUACAGAUUAUGGAAAUAAUGGCAUGGUGUCUUUCCUGGAUGCAGCGCACAAAGAGGGGAUCUGUGUUGAAUACUCUGAAUCUUUCCAUCGGACCCAACCACGCAGCAGGAUCCAGAGAGUGGCUGAUGUUAUCCGCAGGUCAACAGCUAUGGUUGUUGUGGCAUUUUCAUCUACUGGAGACAUGAGGCUCCUGCUGGACGAGUUGUCUCAUGAGUCUUCCCCACCUCGCCAGUGGAUAGGCAGUGAGUCCUGGAUAACUCAUCCAGACAUGAUGAGGUUCACCUUCUUUGCUGGAACCAUUGGAUUUGCCAUUCAGAAAUCUGUCAUCCCAGGUCUGAGAGACUUCCUGCUGGAUCUCUCUCCCUCUAAAGUUGCAGCUUCUCCAGUUCUGACUGAGUUCUGGGAGGAUGUGUUCAACUGCAGGCUGGAAAAAGGUUCUGCCACAGACAAGAAGGUGUGCGAUGGAACUGAAGACAUACAGAAGCUCCAGAACCCGUACACUGACACAUCUGAACUCCGAAUCACUAACAUGGUGUACAAGGCUGUUUAUGCAAUAGCACAUGCCAUUCAUAAUGCUGUGUGUCAGGAGACUAAUUCUACUACUCAGUGUGAUAAACUCACCAGGAUCGAGCCCAAACAGGUUCUUACUCAGCUGAAGAAAGUAAAUUUUUCCCAGAAUGGUUAUCCUGUGUCAUUUGAUGCCAAUGGGGAUCCUGUGGCCACAUAUGAGCUGGUUAACUGGCAGAAAAGUGAGAGUGGCAGCAUUGUGUUGGUGACCGUAGGGUAUUAUGAUGCAUCACUGCCACUGGGCCAGGAGUUACAUAUCAACAGGAACCUCACCUGGGCAGAGGGCAGCACACAAGUACCUGUGUCAGUGUGCACUGACAGCUGUCCUCAUGGAACUCAUAAAGUGCUGCAGGAAGGAAAACCCAUCUGCUGUAAUGAUUGUGUCCCAUGUCCUGAAGGAGAAAUCAGCAAUGUUACAGAUUCCUCAGAUUGUUUCCCUUGUCCUAAGGAGUUCUGGCCUAAUGCAAACAGAGACACAUGUUUCCCCAAGCCUGUUGAGUUUCUUUCCUUUGAUGAGGUCCUAGGAAUCAUCCUGGCUGCAUUCUCAGUUGGUGGUGCCUGUCUAGCCAUUAUAACAGCCAGUGUAUUCUUUCGACACAGAACAUCUCCAAUUGUCAGGGCCAACAACUCUGAGCUGAGCUUCCUGCUGCUCUUCUCCCUGACUCUCUGUUUCUUAUGUUCAUUAACUUUCAUUGGAGCACCCUCUGAGUGGUCCUGCAUGCUGCGCCACACAGCGUUUGGGAUCACCUUUGUCCUCUGCAUCUCUUGUGUUCUUGGUAAAACUAUAGUGGUGUUAAUGGCCUUCAGGGCUACACUUCCAGCCAGUAAUGUGAUGAAAUGGUUUGGGCCUGCACAGCAGAGACUCAGUGUCCUGGCUUUCACUCUCAUCCAGGUUGUUAUAUGUAUCCUCUGGUUAACUAUUUCUCCUCCUUUUCCAUUUAAGAAUUUUACCCAGUUCAAGGACAAAAUCAUCUUAGAGUGUGCUCUGGGAUCAGCUGUAGGCUUUUGGGCUGUACUUGGGUACAUAGGCCUUCUGGCCAUCUUAUGUUUUAUUCUGGCUUUUCUUGAUAAUUUUAACGAAGCCAAGUUGAUCACUUUCAGUAUGCUGAUAUUCUGUGCAGUCUGGAUCACUUUUAUCCCAGCAUAUGUCAGCUCUCCUGGGAAGUUUACUGUGGCUGUGGAGAUAUUUGCUAUUCUGGCCUCCAGUUUUGGUUUAAUACUGUGUAUAUUUGCUCCAAAGUGUUUUAUCAUAUUGUUUAAACCAGAGAAGAAUACCAAGAAAUAUGUAAUGAACAAAAAUGCAUCCUAG